AUGGACCGCCACGAGCUGGGCGGCGCGGGAGCCGUCGAGAUCGAGAAGGCGCCGCGCGAGGCCGGGGCGGACAUGGAGUCGGAGCCGGCCGCGGCGCGCGCGGCGGAGCGCGUCCCGCCGUGGCGCGAGCAGCUGACGGCCCGCGGCCUGGUGGCGGCGCUGCUCAUCGGCGUCGUCUACACCGUCAUCGUCAUGAAGCUCAGCCUCACCACGGGGAUCGUGCCCACGCUCAACGUCUCCGCCGCGCUGCUCGCCUUCCUCGCGCUCCGCGGAUGGACGCACGUGCUCCACCGACUCGGCAUUGCCUCACGCCCCUUCACGCGACAGGAGAACACCGUCGUCCAGACCUGCAUCGUCGCCUGCUACACCAUCGGAUUCGGCGGCGGGUUCGGGUCCUUCUUGCUGGGGCUGGACAAGAAGACCUACGAGCUGGCCGGGGCCAGCACGCCGGGGAAUGUGCCGGGGAGCUACAAGGACCCCGGCAUCGGAUGGAUGAUGGGCUUCCUCCUCGCCGUCAGCUUCGUCGGCCUCCUCACCUUGCUCCCCCUCAGAAAGGUGCUCGUCAUCGACUAUAAACUAACCUAUCCAAGUGGGACUGCGACUGCCGUGCUCAUAAACGGCUUCCACACACCUCAAGGAGAUAAGAAUGCAAAGAAGCAGGUCCUGGGCUUCCUCAAGUACUUUGGGAUCAGCUUCUUCUGGAGCUUUUUCCAGUGGUUCUACACCGGCGGCGACUUCUGCGGAUUCAUGCAGUUCCCCACAUUUGGGCUGAAGGCUUGGAAACAAUCAUUCUUCUUCGACUUCAGUCUGACCUAUGUUGGCGCCGGGAUGAUCUGUUCGCACCUCGUCAACCUUUCUCUCCUCUUUGGCGCUGUUCUGUCUUAUGGAGUAAUGUGGCCGCUCAUGAAGAAACAGGAGGGGAAUUGGUACUCGGCAAAGGCGUCUGCCAGCAGCAUGACAGGCCUCUACGGUUACAAGGUUUUGUAUUGGAAAAAGUCAUGCCUCAUUUGCCAAAUCUGAAACAUCAGAUCCAUGAAUAUGCCCUCCUUGCUUUCACUGCUGGUGUCAAAUCUAUUAUCUGCUAUUUCAGUAAAGCAAGGUGAUAAAUCAUUAUAUGUACAUGUUCCGCUUCUCAGUUUGUAUAGUGAAGUCUUGGCGUAUUUAUUAUUACUUAUCGUGCUUCUGUAGGUAGAGUGCACUGUUUAUUUUUCAGAAUUAUCACACCAAAUAUGUUAGUUACGAUGGCAGGGUUUUGAUUUGAGUUUCUCUAAAUUUUAAAUGGUAGGAACACUAUUGGACUGGUAUUCUCUCCAUACCUGAUCAUUUAUUUCUUCGUAACCACAUUCUUUUGGUGAUCCUAAUUAGUUAAGCGUGUUGGUAUCCACUAUUUUACAUUUUGGGAUAGUGUGUGCUAACGAAACCACAAUCAGCUAGCUGCUUUAUGCCUGGUGUUAAAUAUUGAAACCUCUGCACUCUUUUAAAUAUUUGGACGGUUGUGCUAACAAACCUACAUUCAGAUGGCUGCUUUGUGUCUGGUUAAAUACUGAAAUCACUGCAUAAAUAUCACGACUAGCUACUAUAUUUUAUUUUUUUGCAUACUAGAAAAUCAGCCUUUAUAUCGAAUAUGCUUCUGGAAUCUUUAAUGCCAUCUCCAUACUUGUAUUUCUCCAGACUUUUCCAUUGAGAUUUUGAGUUUUGAAAUGAUGCUGUGAAGUAUAGUUUGAUGAAAGUAAAAUACUUGGGUGGUCUUACAGUGAGUAAAGUGAAGUUGGAUAUGAGAGGAUUUGGUGUGCCUCUGACCUGCUGGCUGGGUCACUGGCUCACUGCCUGCUCGAGGCUGCUGGUGCAGUAUUGCACAGAUUUAUGUGCUGGUCGAGCCUGCCAUGUGGGUUGCCACUUCUUCGGGGCUAUAUGACCUGCUUUAUUUUUCUUUUGUAUGCACAUAUUUAUAUUUGCUUUGGCUACAAUUCUGGAUGGUAUGGGCAGUACUUAAUCCAUGUUGAGGUGAUAUUUGCCCAUUGUUUCUUGGCUAGAUCAUAUCAAGAAAAAUUAAGAGUACAUAUGUGUUAAUAUUUAAUACGUAUCAAGGCACUUAGUUAUAUGAAGUUGUUUGCUUGGAUCACUCUAGGAUUGUGAUUUGGUCAACUUUAUAUGAACGAAAGAUUAGUUCUUCGAAUCAUGAACCGGAUGUGAUGUGUGCAAUCUGGCAAUGAGGUGAAAAACAUGUCUUCACUGAAAUCCAUUAGGAUCUUUAGUGAGUCAAAACAAAUUUUCCUAUAUACUAAUAGUGAGCUCUAAAAUAUUCUGUUUAAUAUUAUCUGGUAGUGCCAUCACUCGAAAUCACUUGAGCAUCCGUUUCUUCUCAGGUGCAGUGGAAGCGGUGCGUUGCUGCGUGGUUUGGAUGGCUGACGCCUGAACCAGUGGUUGGCUGGUUGAAGUUGGUUCCAUACACAUUUUCUCCAUCCCCUUUCCCGAUCCAGGGUU